AUGGAGAGCGAGCUCAGACCCAGGCUCUGUUUCCUGACCAGAGGAGAGUGCAGCUAUGGCUUCCACCUGCACGGCGAGGGGAACAGAGGCGGACAGUUCAUCCGCAAAGUGGAGCCGGGCUCCUCUGCUGACCAGGGCGGGCUGCGAUCAGAAGACCGGCUGGUGGAGGUGAACGGUGAGAAUGUGGAGAAAGAAACCCACCAUCAGGUGGUGGAGCGUAUCCGUGAAGUGGCCCACCGCACCAGGCUGCUGGUGGUGGACGCCGAGACGGAUGAAUACCUCCGCAGCCGUGGCCUGGCAUGCACCGAGGACCUGGCCGUCGAGAUGGGAACGCUGUCCCCGCGCCCUUCGCCCGGGCCCACUCCUUCGGCCUCGCCCGUACCCAGAGAGAACUCACCCCUGGCACCCAAACCCAACCACACACACUCCGUUUGCCCUCCGGCUGCAGCUGACUCGUCCACAGACGCGACCGCAACACAAGCCGAGGUGGAGAGAACCUCAGUGACAUCCAGUACAGAGACAGACACAGAGCUGCAGGUGCAUCCCUCACCAGAGCAGACAGCGGAGCUCCUCCCCCGUCUGUGCCACCUGGUGAAGGGGGAGCACGGCUACGGCUUCAACCUGCACAGCAACAAGACCAAGGAUGCACAGUUUGUGCGUUCGGUGGUACCCUCUGACCUUCCUGUUUCCUCUGACCUUUCCCGUCUUCUCUGUCCAAAGGUGAACGGAGUCAACAUUGACAGCCUGAGGCACUCGGAGGUGGUGGCACUCAUCAGAGCUCAGGGGGAGGAAGUGCACAUCCUAGUGGUCGACCAGAAGACAGAAGAGCUCUUCCACCGAAUGGGGAUCACACCAACCACCAGCCAUGUCAAAGAGGUCUAUCUGGACGAAUCAGCCACAGAAAGCGCUCCACACAGCCCGUCUCCGACCACCGGACUGCCCGCCUCAGAUCCGCCGGUCAUAAACAUCACGCUGACGAACUCCCCGAUCACAAACGCAUCCCCGAAAUCCUGGACGAAUGGGAACUCAGCAUCUCAGUCCUCGAGAAGUUCCACCACCCAAUCGGAGAUCAGUAGCUCAGACAUGAGCAUCCAGGUCCACGAUGAGGACGAGAGGCGCGUCUCGGACCCGUUGGUGGACGCCGGCCUGCGUCUGAGUCUCACAGCUGCCGAGGCCAAACAAAAAGCCCUCGCCAGCCGCGACAAGAGGAGAGCGCCUGCUAUGGAUUGGAGUAGGAAACAUGAGGUUUUUGGCAGAUUCUGAAGAAAAUAAGAGAAGUGCGGGAAUGCCACAGAACGAGGAAUAAUAUUGUGAUUCUGUUCAUAUUAUAACCUUAAAUACUGAACCUCAAUGGCAUGGUGAAAGAAAGAGAAAUGUGAAAAGGAAAAAUGAUGCAUGAAGUAAUAUUAUAUAAUAACAGUAGUAAUAUUCCUGAAUUCUGCUCUGUGCAAAACUAUGUUGUAAGAUAUCAAAUAGUAUUCUCUAGACGUUUAUUUUCCUGUUUCCAUGAGGACAAAGACACAUUCUGUGGAUGUGUGACGGAUAUUACGACACACGAAACAAACAACUUUGUCAGUUCAGUGUUAGUCAUUUCAGAGCCAUAUUGAUUAUGAGUGCAUAACAGCCGUUAUGCACUGCGUCUGAUUUGGGCUGCAUCUUCUGUAGAUGCGCUGUUCUGUUAUAGUUUUUAUUUUUUCAUAGUUAGAGUUUAAUGUCAAUUUCAAUGCACAAUGAUGAGCUCAUCACAACCCAGUCCUGGAGGAGUUAUGCUAAUACUUUGUUUGUCAAUUUAAUGUAGCAUAUCAUGUUUAAAUAUGAAAACAGAGAACAUGGAAGAGGUUAAAUUAUGUUGUGUUGGAUUACCUCAGUGCUUCUGUCUUUAAUCUGAAGGAAAAUAUUGUAAACUCUCCGAUCUAUAAUUGCUUUGAGUAUUUUCUCUCUCAAAUGUUCCUGAUUGAAACUUCUCACAUUGUGAAAUAAACUUUCAGAAUAUGUGUAAA